ACGAACAAUGGUUAUAUCUUUGUAUGAGAUUCACAAAAGUCACAGAUGACUUAUUUUAUUUUUAUCUGAUGUCGGACGUCGACACCUUUGUAGUACCAAAUGAAAGGGUAUUCAAUCCCGCAUCACAACCGAAUGAAAAUGGUGAUGUGUGUAGUACGUUUUGUUCUUACACAGAGCCAAAGCCAAUGAUUCGAACUCUUCGCAAACAAGGCACCACUGAUCUGUUGCCAAAUGACGCAGCUCUGUGUGAACCUUGUGGCGAUUCCUGUAAACAAAAUGUCGACAACUGUGACCCGAAUCCUUGUUUACAUGGUGGUCUUUGCACUCUGUCUAAUGUUAAUCCCAGUUACACUUGUUCUUGUGCUGCAGGAUAUGAAGGGCCCAACUGUGAAACUAAUGUCGACAACUGUGACCCGAAUCCUUGUUUACAUGGUGGUCUUUGCACUCUGUCUAAUGUUAAUCCCAGUUACACUUGUUCUUGUGCUGCAGGAUAUGAAGGGCCCAACUGUGAAACUAAUAUCGACGACUGUACCCCGAAUCCUUGUUUAAAUGGUGGCCAAUGCUCUGACGAUAUUGCCAGUUACACUUGUUCUUGUGCUGCAGGAUAUAAAGGGAACAACUGUGAUCAAAAUAUCGACGACUGUACCCCGAAUCCUUGUUUAAAUGGUGGCCAAUGCUCUGACGAUAUUGCCAGUUACACUUGUUCUUGUGCUGCAGGAUAUAAAGGGAACAACUGUGAUCAAAAUAUCGACGACUGUACCCCGAAUCCUUGUUUAAAUGGUGGCCAAUGCUCUGACGAUAUUGCCAGUUACACUUGUUCUUGUGCUGCAGGAUAUAAAGGGAACAACUGUGAUCAAAAUAUCGACGACUGUACCCCGAAUCCUUGUUUAAAUGGUGGCCAAUGCUCUGACGGUGUUCUAAGUUACACUUGUUCUUGCGUUGCAGGAUAUGGAGGGAAAAACUGUGAUCGAAUUGCUUGUACAGUUCCGGGAAUGGUGCAGUUUGCAACAGAACCUACCGACAAAAGCUUCAAUAAUAUGGAAACGAUAACUUACUCUUGUAUCACAGGAUAUGAAGUCCAAUCUGGUAACCUUGAACGUUCAUGUCAAGCUGAUGGAACAUGGAGUGGACAUCCUCCAGUUUGUAAAAUGACCGUCGACUAUUUUUGUGGUACUCUUUUGGAAAAAUUGGAAAACGAAAAAAACUCCAAGAAAGGAUGGAACGAAAAUUCUGAAGAUAGCUCUGAGAAAGAUACCCGCGGAAAAACCAAAGGCAAAUACUGGAACAGAAAGAAAGGAAGACGAUGUGGUUACUACAAGGCACUCGAAGCUUUGAUAAUAGAAACAUGUCUCCUAUCAUAAUCGCCAGUUUCUGUUGAUCCAAAUUUUAUGUAUAACCUCCUUACCAAUGUUACAUAUAACUUUUCAAAAGCGUUACGAUUGAAAAAGAACUAUGAACAAACCAGACCAUUUAAAAUAUUAUUCUUCAUUGAAAAAUAUUUAUGUAAAUUAGAAAAUUUUAUACAUGAUUACACUUUAUACAUUGUCUAGAUUUGUCUCAAACUACGUCAUCGCAUGUGAAUUACAGGAUACGUCUGAAACAUUCAAAAUUGCACACACAUGAUAGAGAAGCUAAUCCAGAAAAAAAGGAAAGAAAAAAAAAAGCUGACAUAAUUUUUUAACUUCAUUUUCGGCUCUAUUUAUCUCUAAACUAUUCUUAGUUUGGUGGCUAUGAUUGCGGCUUAAU